UGCCCAAUAGGUAUGGCGAGCUCGUCGGAGGCUGCCGAUAGCCCACUCGCAUCGCGGAUCAGGUAGAUUAACAAAUUUAAAGAUAUGGCUGCGUCUCGAGUUUCGACUCUCCGGUGGGGUUCACUUGCAACAGUCAAGGACAUCCCCACUAGUCUAACUGCUGAAGAUAAGGCAUGUUUCCCACUCGCCUCCUCCCUCUCCUCGUCGCAUUGUCGGCCUUCUACCUUUUUUCUACCAUGUCGACCGACUCUUCCUCUCCGGCCCUCGAGGUCCGGCUCGCGCCCCCGUCUAUCCCUGCCUCGUUCACCCCGCCGGUAGCCGUGUCCAUCCCGCUGUCGGUCCUUAAUAAUGCAGAGUCAGCUGCUACUGUUCUGAACUGGGGCUCGCCUCUUGAUCCUCGUGCGAACAUUCUUGGUGUCUUCGAGAUCCGCGACUCAGACUCCGACGAGCUUGUGACGAUCGAUACGGUCAAGUUUACCCGCAAGCUCCCUCCGCCGAGAGAGGACUUUAUAGAGAUUCCUAUUGGUGGAUCUGUUGAUGCGGAAGUGAUGCUUCCUCGCGUUCCCCUUGUCGAGGGACAUCAUUAUACCGUCCAAGCGAAGGGCUGGUGGCAGGCCGUCUGGGAGAAACCCCUGCAAGACGUCCCCGCUGAUGACUUGGAGAAACUGGCAGGUGCCAAGCGAGGCGAAUUUCGGUCGGAGGCUGUGCCAUUCACUGUUACCCCAGAAUAACCUUAAACGGGUCAGGAGGAUGUUACCGAGGGCUUGUAUACUUUUGUUGUUGUUCCUCCAUGUGAUUUCGAAAUAUACUCCGACACUCUACACUACUCAUAUGCGGUGCAACAAUAACGUUCUUGUGAUAGUUGUUUCCUAUUUCAUGCAUCAAAUGACUUGGUCAUAAAGUAUGGUACAGAAUUAAAUUCCCAUUUACUCCCGCUCGA